UUCACUCCAUUCUUAAUCCAUUGGUCUGUCGUGUUCUCGUCCGCAAAAGAGUCGACCAUGUUGAACCUGUUUUCAUUGAAAAACGAGCAAAAAGAACAAGGCGGCGAUGGGAGUGGUUCCGGUGGGGCCACCAAAGGCAAGAAGAACUCGGCGGCCCAACUCCGAAUCACCAAGGACAUCAACGAACUGGAGUUGCCCAAAACUUGCCGCACGGAAUUUCCCGACCCGGACGAUCUCCUCAAUUUCAAGCUCCUUAUCUCGCCCGAUGAAGGGUUCUACCGAGGGGGACGAUUCACCUUCAGCUUCAAAAUCGGGCCGAACUACCCCCACGAACCGCCCAAAACCAAAUGCCUGACCAAGGUCUACCAUCCAAACAUUGAUUUGGACGGAAACGUGUGCUUGAACAUCCUGCGCGAGGAUUGGAAACCCGUCCUUACCAUCAAUUCCAUCGUAUAUGGGCUGCAGUACCUGUUUCUUGAGCCCAACCCCGAGGAUCCACUCAACAAGGAGGCGGCCAACGAGUUGCAGGCCAAUCGCAGACUUUUUGAGCAGAAUGUGCAUCGAACCAUGCGUGGAGGAUCCAUCAACGGGGUCUAUUUCGAGCGAUGUCUUAAGUGAGAUCAGCCUGUCUUAGAGCAGUUCUUGAGCCGUGCGACCAAUGAACUCCACCCCUCCUUCUCUUUUGUCUCCUCCUCCCUCCUUCCCCUCUCCCUUCGUCCCUUAGCGCUCAUCUUCACUCCCUCCCCACCCCUUCAGACAGUGGUGGCCUUGAGGGCUGGCCGGACUUUGACUUGUUCUCCGGUCCCGAUACGAUACUUGAUGAUGACGACGAAUGAUAUCAUGCGUGACAAUGUGACAAACUCGAAAUGGGAAGAUGCUUUAUUGUUACAUUCUUAGAAGUAAACCCAAGUUCGCUGA